AAAUAUGUGCCCAAACCUGGCAAGAUCCAGAGUUAUUGGCCCAAAGCCCCAAACCCAUUGGAUUUCAAGUCAUCUGGGUUUUUGCUAAGUUUUUGUUGGAAUUUUGGAGCUUAGAACUUGUAAAAAAAUGGGGAUUCUGAGAGACAAGCGAACUUCCCCAUCUUCUUCUCCCACUUCAACUUCUCCGUGUGCUGAUCUCCGAAACGCCUACAACAACUGCUUCAACAGGUGGUAUGCAGAGAAAUUUGUCAAGGGUCAAUGGCAAAAGGAAGAAUGUGUUGUUGAGUGGGAGAAAUACAGGGAAUGCCUUUCUCAACAUUUGGAAGAUAAGCAGUUAAGUAGGUUUCUGGAAGUUGAAGCUAAUAAAAAUCCGUUUUCGAUGGAUCGAAUCAAUAGGAAGAGUUCAGUUGAUGGUGCUUCAAUGGGUGGUGCCAGCACCAAGUAAUGUUGUAAUUUCUUGUUGUAUAUACUGAUGCAGUUGCUAACAACUUUGAUAGUCAACUUUUCAUUAUACCUGUUGUUUUUCCGAGAAAAUAUAUGUGAUACACUUCUAAUUUCGCAAUUAUGGAAUCUUGUUCUUGUUA